AUGGCUGCGAGCGUGAACUCCACGUUCCUGUCCGUGCCAUCCUCAAGCAAGAAAGUUCUCUGGGGUUGGCAAUCAAACUCUGAUCCUUCGAAUGAUCAACAGCAGAAACAAUGGAAGAAUUAUUCUGAUUUAGACUGCGAGUUAAUUGAAGGACGUUAUCAGAAGAAACAGCGAGAAGUCGAACUGGGAGGUACCCAUCUGAUUAAUUUCACACGAAUGGUGCAUAUGCGUAAAGAUAAUCGUCAUCGAACAAGAAGAGUGAAAGGAGAAGUAAUUGAUGCCAUUCGAUAUACACGAGAAGAGAGAUUCUGUUAUCUUGAGCAUAGCAUCCCACAAUCAUUCGGCUAUAUAGAUGGAUGUGGCUAUAUAGAUGGCUAUAUAGAUGUUAUGUCGCAAUUUAUCCGUGACUGGAAGAAGAAAAACGCUUCAAUAUGUGAUAAUGAGCACGUGACUACAGUUGUAGUGCAAGCUGCCCAAGCAGGACACAAUAUGACAGAAAAUCUCUUCGAUGAAAUGCUAAAAUCAGAAUUAUUUAUACCAAUGAAGUUGCAUGAUGAUCCAUUGUUAUAA